UCCGUCCGCCAAAGAGUGUGCAUCUGGCAUUUUGAAGACAAAUUAAGCAUUUUUGUAUAAAACCCCUUACUCUCCUCAUUUAAGCAGCGGGCAGCUGCUGUGUUGCUUCGAUUAUAGUGUGCAGUUAAUGCAAACAAGCAAAAAGCAAUCCAAAUACUCCCAGCUCAUGAAAUGGCUUCCCGCCAGCAAGUGUACUAGUAAACCACAAAGGUAUUUGGCGCCACAAACGGCUGUAGUACUAGUAAACCACAAAGGUAUUUGGCGCCACAAAAAUUAGAAGGGAGACCAAGGGUCUAAUCCCAGCUACAAAGCCAGCUUACAUGGACCAAACAGUAGACCACACACACACACACACACUAGCCAUGGCCAUUGACUUGAACUUAGCAGCACCAGAUGAGGGAGAGGAAGAAGAUGGCAGGUUGCCUGAUCUCAAUUGGCAACCUGUUGAUCUCAAUUGGCAACCUGUACAAGAAGAAGAUGAAGCUGCCUUGGGUGAGCAAGCUGUACAAGAAGAAGAUGGAGCUGCCUUGGGUGAGCAAGCUGUACAAGAAGAAGAUGGAGCUGCCUUGCAUGAAGAACUCCAGCCCGAACAUCACUUCGAUCUAAACAUGGACCCAGAAGAUGAACAUGAGCCCGAUGUUGCCCAUGGCGAAGAGGACCUGCAUGAACCGGAUGAAUCAGACGAUGAACUAGAAGACCAAGGUGGCGUUUUCCAAAGCAUGGAAGAGGAAGUGCAAGCAAUGAAUGAAGCUCUACAGAACCUUCAAGUUGACGAGGAUGACUAUGGUGUGUAUGCAGGCGAUAUAGAUAUUCAAUUUGAGGAAGAAGAGCUUGAUGAUUCAGCACCAGAAGAAGACAUGGAUGUGGAGCAAGAGCAACAAGAUAAUGAGCAAGUUCAUGAUGAUGACAAAUACAAGAAUUUAACAGAUUUGCAAAGGGCUGGUAUUUAUGAAGAAUUGCUAGCAAGAAGUGUCAAUCGGAAAUUAAAGAAGACCACAACUAGAGAAGUUGCAAACAUGUUCCAUGUUUCAGUGCACAAGGUCAGACGUGUUUGGAGGAGAGUGAAGGAGUGUCUUCGACAAGGCGUACCCGUUGAUGUAAGAUCAAGGAAGCCAAAAAAAUGUGGGCGCAAAAGGAUUGUAGUUGACCUCAGUAUGGUUGCUGAGAUUCCUCGGAGUCAAAGGAGAACUAUACGCAGCCUCGCAAGAGCUUUGGGUGUGAAAAAGACCACACUACAUAGGAUGUUUACCGACGGCUUGCUCGAUAGGCAUUCAAGCUCACUAAAACCAUAUUUGAAGGAAGCAAACAAAAAGGCUAGGCUGCAGUUUUGUCUCUCUAUGUUUGACCAGCAAAGUCUGCAAAAUAGGCCCACGUUCAGGGAUAUGCGGAAUAUAAUCCAUAUAGAUGAAAAGUGGUUUAACACCACUCAGAAGACCAUGAAAUUCUACAAGCUGCCAUCCAAACAAGACCCGCAUAGGACUGUGCAAAAUAAGAACUCCAUUGGCAAAAUCAUGUUUUUGGUUGCUAUAGCCAGGCCUAGAUACAAUGCAGAAGGUAUUUGCAUUUUUGAUGGAAAGAUAGGCAUUUGGCCCUUUAUCAAAAAGGAGCCAGCACCAAGGAAAAGUGAUUACCGUCCAAGAGGGACACUAAUCACGAAAACAAUCUCAGUUAACAGAGAAAUUUCUAGGCAGUUUUUGAUUCAAAAGGUGCUGCCGGCUAUUCAAGCAGUUUGGCCUCAAGAGCUCGCAGGUGAGACCAUAUGGAUCCAGCAAGACAAUGCGCCCUCACAUGUCCCAAGUAAUGAUCCAGGUUUUCUUAAUGCUGUUGCCCAAACUGGGCUUGAUAUUCGUCUCAUGCAACAGCCCUCGAACUCACUGGAUAUGAAUAUCCUAGACCUUGGCCUAUUUUCUUCACUACAGUCCAUGUCUGAUAGGCUGGUGUCUAACAAUUUAGAUGAGCUAAUAAACAAUGUGCAGCAUGAAUAUGAUGCUUAUGAUGCCGAUAAGAUAAACAGAAUUUUCCUAACACUACAAAGCUGCUUAAUUGAGGUCAUGAAGAGAGGUGGAAGCAAUGACUACAAGAUCCCUCACAUGUACAAGGAUGGCCUAGAACGAGCAGGAAAUCUUCCUGAUGUUUUAGACUGCGAUCGCGAACUAUAUGAGAGCGUCACGCAGGCCUUAGCCGAAUAG